AUGCACGGCAAGCAUGGUUCUCCUGGUGUACCAGGCCGUGAUGGACGUGACGGACGUGAAGGCCGUGAUGGAGCUAAAGGUGAUCAAGGAUUGCAGGGGAAGACUGGACCUCAGGGACCUCCCGGUGAUAUAGGAUCUUCUGGUGUAAAGGGACAGAAGGGUGCUAAAGGAGAACCUGGAACCCAGGGUCCUACUGAUCAAAAAGGUUUGACUGGCCAAAUGCCGCCUAAGAAUUGGAAAGAAUGCGUCUGGAAAAACGUGAAUGAUGGCCAGGACAGUGGUCUUAUUAAGGUGAGUUGCACAAAAAGGGUAAAGGACACUCAGCAAAUUUUUAAAGUGCUUUUACUGAUUAUAGCCACCAAAAAUUUUUUUGCUCCAAGACCUAUUCUAGUCGCCGAUUGAAUUUUCCAUGAACUGAAAUUCAAUCGAAAUAGGGCUGACCUAAAUUGACAAAAUAUUCCGACUAAUUCAUUGCCAAACCUAAGCUCACCAACAGACAACAACCUGAUACACCUGAUACAGUUGACGCCAAAAAAUCUUAAAGUGGAGGAAACAUGACAAAUCAAGUCAUUCGACAUUAGGUCCGAAUUGCAAAAAAGUAUGAAUUUGAGCGUAUGAAUAAGAGCCACCCGGCGUAUGAAUUAGAGUCGUUUUAAAAUCGUUUCAAAAUCGAAAUUUCCCGCCAAGGCAGGAGAAAAAAAAAGAAGAAGAAAAGAAGAAGAAGAAGAAGAAGAAGAAGAAGAAGAAGAAGAAGAAGAAGAAGAAGAAGAAGAAGAAGAAGAAGAAACAACAAACAGAAAAGGCUGAACAACUGGAAAUUAAAACUCCAUUUUGAUGACUGAUUUAUGAGCUAAACUAUUUGUGUACAUGAUUCCUUGUCAGGUUCGUCUUUGACAUCUGAAACAGGGCUGAUGAUGUUUUUCAAAUGUGGUUGACUGAUUAUUCGACAGGUGUUGCCGAUAAUGUUUUACUCAUGAAUAGGUAGUGAACGUGCUUUCGACUGAACCGUUCUACAAUUCUUGCCCAUCGUUUGUAUUGGGGAACUUUCCCUGGCUAUAUAUGAAGAUAAUUGUUUUACUGAUUUUGAUAGAAUUUUUUGUUUUAACACGAUCACUGCUGCAAUUUUUAUCGCGUAUAAAUAAAUGCUAUCAUCAUCAUCAUCAUCAUUAUUAAUAUAGGCCUAUCACUACAUAAUCUCGUACCCAGAUCUCCCACGGCCAAGGGAAAGGUAAAACAGAGUGAGAUCUGGGUACGAGAUUAAUCACUACAUAGUGCAGGAAAUGGUGCGGAGUAUCGGGUGACUGUCUGUGACCUAUAAUAGGAUACUCCGUGCCAUCUGUUCUGUCCUUAAUAUAAUUAAGUGUCCAGCCCUUUUUUCAGAAUCCUUCCUGAUCCCAGCAAGGUUUUUCGCUGCAAACUUUCCAUUCAAUAUGGCAUUCCCAACUGUCUCAGCCACAUUCCAAAUCCCCUCGAAACUGUUCCCAGUGCACCAAUUACUAUUGGGAUGACUUGAACUGAUCGACAGUUCCAAAUUCGUUUGAUCUCGUAUUUUAAGUUAUCGAUCUUGUCUCUUCCCUUGCUCACUACUCUAGGGAAUUCUAGUGUCGAAUGGGCAGGCAACAUCAAUCAUAACGCACAACUUCUCUUCCUAAUUUAGGGCUUUGCUAUGUUCAAUGUGAUGGUCCGUUUGGAUCUUAAAUCUCACAGAAGUUUGUCCUUUCAGAAUCGCAGACUGGAUCCGGUUUGUGGUCAGAACAAUUUGCUGCCCUUUCAAAACCACAGUUCUCGCUGAGAUCCCAGUAGAUAAGCUGGGUGACCUUAUCGUGACUCCAUAAUUUGAAUGUAUUCAUAGAGAACCCACACUCUUAUUUGACUUAUUUGUAAACUGUAAAUGGAAAUUAAAUGAAAGAUAAAAGAUACCUGUUCUGUUCUUGAAUCUGCUGCGGAGCAAAGUGAAAUUUGUUCUACGAUGCAAAAACGAUGUUUGUGUCGCCACUUUGUCCGUAUAUUUCACAAUGCUUUAUUUAUGUGGUUUGUCCCGCAUUUCACUCUUGUUGUCACGCGGUUGUCAUUAUCGUCUCUCGUUUCACUGUUGGUUAUUGAUUAAUUAAUAAUUUGAAUUGACCACUACAGACAAUACCAUAACAUACCAUAAUACUCUUUGUUGGUCACUCCAAAAUUUUGCAUAAGCAUUGUUUUCAGUUUCCCUUGGGGCCAUUUUAACUCCAAAGGGAAACUAAAGACGAUGCUUAUAAAUGGUAUUUUCUGUACUGGCCAAUUAACGGUAAUGAGUCUCUUUUCUCUCCGUUAUUAAUAACCAACAGUGAAAGGCGAGACGCUAACAGCAACCGCGUGACACCAACAGUGAAAUGCAAGACACGCACAAAAUAAAGCUUUGUGAAAUUUACGGACAAAGCGCCGACACAAACAUCGUUUUUGCAGCGUAGAACAACUUCCAUUUCACUCUGCUCCGCAGCAGAUUCAAGAACAGAACUGGUAAUAACUUGCCACCCCAUCUGAAGGAAGUUGACCCCAUAGUGAUUUUUAAAACAGUUCUUUAUGAUAUCAUUUUUUAGAGUCCUUGUAAAGAUUUUUUAUUUUUAUUUUUUAGAGUCAAUUUACGUAGUUAUAUAAUUCUUGUUUUUGUCCAUCGACAUUGUACAUAGUUUUUACAUUUUUCUGAUAGUUGGUCUGUUAUAGUUAUUUUUUCCUUUAAUUGUUAAUUUUUUAGUUGCCCAGGGCACCCAUUUAUAACAGCUUCAGCUGACGGGUUUACCCUAGUUAACAAUGUUAUUAUUAUUGUUAUUAUUAAUGACCUUUUAUCACUCAUUUAAUUUCCAUUUACAGGUCACAAAUAAGAGUGUGGGUUCCUUAUGUGUAUUGUUUCUGAUCGAGUGCAGUGCUACUACUACAUGCUUACUGUCUCCACUCUUUCUCCACACAUUCUUAAUGCACGGGAAACAUUUUGAUUGUCAAUCAGCUUCUUUACUCUGUUUGUACGCAGAGUCUGAUAUUGUGCGGCCAUGAGAAAGCCUUUAAUUUUCUUUUUUUAGCUUCUUAAAGCUUCUUAUUAAGCCAUUCCCACGACUUCGAUUCCCUAAUUUUCUCGAUUCUUCUGAUACACUGUCCAUGGAAGGUUAUUUCGUGGUACUUUCGGGUAUGAUCUUCCAUCUAAGAUGAGUUAUUCCAGUUUCCCGGAUCCUUUUCUUGAAGAACAUUCUCUGCAUUCUCUUUGCACAUAGCUUUCAACAACCUUUACUCUGAUUCUUGGCAGUAAGACUUUAUGUUAUUUACCUCGAUCGACAUUGACACAUUCUUCUAUGCUUAUCAUUGCACGUCCACCUCUGAACCUUUUAAAGUACGACCGGUCUACAUCAGCGGAAAUAUCCCUUCUGGAUCUUCUGCUACAUCUCACAAUGUUUCAUAUCAUCCGCUUCAAGGACCCAAGAUACUUUCAUUAACCUCACUUUUCAGUGAUUGUAUCUUUUUAUCCCCAGAGAGCACGAUUCUUUCAUUUAGGAUCGCCUUUACUCGUUUCAUAAUUUGGAUUGCACACUUUGAUAUUCCAAACUCCAUCCACAUAUAAUCGGGCACCAGAGUUAGGGGGUGAGUGAGAUCACAAAAAGGAGAGGUGAGACGCUGUCUCCUCGAAAUAUUGCUCCUCUGAUAUGAUCUUCGCCAGAAGAGCCUCACUUCCACCUUUUAAAACUGUUCUCCUUUGUUUAAUGCUGUUUUGGAUCAAACCCACCAUAUUCUGAGCUGUACCAAACAUCCUGAUACAUUCAAGUAUCCAUGAGGGGGGUACCAAAUAAAAUGCUUUUUUAUAAUCAAUCCAAGCCAUUCCGAGUCCCGUCUUCCUCCUUUUAUAGUUCUUGAUGAUAAGUUUGUCAACCAACAAUUGGUCCUUUGUCCCUCAAUUUUCUUCUACAUCCUUUUUGUUUCGCCGGGGUAGAUGCUUUUCUUCGAGAAUUUCAUACAUUUUGUCCGCCAGUGCUCCAAGGGAACAACUUCCACAUCAUUGGCAAGCAUGUGAUUGCAGGCGCGGAUCUCCUAAACGAGAGCCGAAGGCAUCUAGGAGGGUCCGGGGGCAUUCACUCCUGUGAAAUUUUUUAGAUUCUUAGCUUCUCCCUAAAGUCACCUUUCCUGGGUUUCUGAGUCAUUCAGUCAGGAUAUUGGCCAGAUUUUAACUUGGAAAGUUUUUUCAUGACAAAUUAUUUCUUUAUGAAAACUUUGACCGAUUUUCGUAGAAUUAGACACUGCUGCCCCCUGCUCUUUGUUUUUCUUUACUAGUACAGUUCUCUCUUUGGUCAUCCAAUCUGGCACAGAAUUCAUGUGUAAGCAUUCAUUCAGCUGUUUACAAUUCUUUCUUUCAUUGAGGUGAGAUUCCUAAGCCAAUAUACUGGCAGGCCAUCUGGGCCUGGAGACUUCCAAUUUGGCAUCUUCCUCAGUUGCUUCUCAUUUAAUUCAGCUAUCAGUUCAAUGUCAGCUUCUCUGGUAUCUGUUUAAAUUGGCUGAAGCUGUUGUCCUCAUCCCUCUGCUGCUCUUAGCCUGCGUAGCAUGGCGGUUUUGGUUGGGCGCGCAUUAUAUUAAGGCCGGGCGAGGGCAGAGAAACCGCGAGGAGAUUGGCGGGAGCUAUGCUGCUCUCUAUUGGUGUUAAUGUCUUUGCUGUCGCCCCAGUCCCAAGUGCGACCUUGCAGCUCUUUUCCACUGGGAUCUGCGUCAUCACAGCCUUUGUUUUCAUUCACCACUUUCCGUCUUAGCUCCUCAAUUUUCAUAUCAGUUAAUCAUGCAUCCAACUUAUAACUCUUCCUUGAUCUGCCAGUCGUUGCUCUAUACGGGUCUCAUACACUCCAAUCUCUCGCCAUAUUGCCAUCAUUCUUUUCGUGUACCCUCUUUUGCUGGGUCACUUCCGAUAUAGCACUCCAUAAUCAAUCUUGUUUAUCUCUUUGGUCCAUCUUACUUAAGCAGUAGCAGGAUUACGACCUGGUACUGGCUGCUCUUCCCCAGACACCCUGCCGGGCCAGGCACCAUUGGUCCCAUUUACGCCGUUUUCGAUAUUCAAUGUUUCACUCAUCAUCACAAUAUUUUUUGAGUAUGAUUUUUUCAUUAGGGGACUCCUCCCGUAGCGCAUGGGUCAAAACCAUUAUCCAGUGUACGCAGGAACUUGUAUCCCUGAGUGCGGACACUAAUCAGGCACUAGGCUACCAGGCCGUUAGCCACCUGGUCCUGGCAAGGGCAGCGGCGGACACAUCCAUGCACAGUCCUCGUCACGAGCUGUGUGCUACCCAAAUUAUUAUUUUUACUGUUAUUAUUAUUUAAGGAUUACGGUCGCCUUACGGUAAAUCAUAUACGGAUGAAAGGACAGAAAGUAAAAGCACAGUCAGUACACAGUUACUACAAAGAAAAUACGAACUUAUGGAAACCCUGUGUAAUUUUUCUUGUGUUCCAAUGUUUGACAGGAAUGUGUUUUUACCAAGAACUUUUCUGAUACUUCCCUUCAUGUUUACUGGACGGGUGCAUUGAGAAUUUACGGCUGCAAUGCCUGCUGCAAACGUUGGUACUUCACCUUCAAUGGCGCAGAGUGUUCUGGUCCUCUGCCCACUGACGGAGUUGUCUACAUGCGGACAGGUGGAAAUAAAGAUCUUCAUCGCGUCCGCCAUAUUGAGGGACACUGUAAUAACAUACUCAACGGAAAGGUUCGCGUGGGAUUCUCAAUCGGAAAUUGCAACAGCUAUGGGAACGCUGACGGCUACACAGGAUGGAAUUCAGUAUCCCGGAUCUUUGUUGAAGAAGUUCCUAAAGGGCAAGCUUAAAAAAAACUGUAGAUUAAAGUGAUUCCCUAUUCGAUUUUUUUUCAUUGUGGAAAGUAAGCAUACAAAUAGAUACGACUGAAAAUAGUCAAAUUCCACAGUUAAUUGCAUUUAGUCUUGUCAUUGUUAGGGUUCAGGCUGCAAAAAAAAUAUCGAGAUUUGAAAUGACGUCAAAGAUUUUGACCGCUCAUGCGGUUUCAAAAAUGUCCGGAUUCGAGUAGACAUGGCCUAAUAUUAAUAAUCUACACAGACUGGUUUAUUUGGUUUAAUUGUCGUUUAUCAUUCAAAUUUAAUUACCACUUCUGAAGGAAACUAUGAUUUAGUUUCGGAGGGUUUCACAUCAAACUUAUUUUCUUUAUUUUUAAAAACAAAUCCUCUCCUUGUUUGCCUUUCAAAGCCCCAUCGUAGUGCAGAGACAGCAUAACUUUUAAAAAUGAAAAGAUGAUAACACUCCCGCGAGCCUAUGAAAUAUAUGCUAUUUUAAGAGAACGUUUAUUACGUAAGAAACGUUUAUUAAAUAAAAGCAUUUUUUUUACCAUAUGUGAGUUCUUGCACUUAUUGCACUACGGUAUUAUGUUCAAAAAACAUUCAAAUGAAGUGUUUCUAAGGUCCCGUCCACUAGUAUCCGUUUUUGUUUGAAAACGGAGAUUUUUUCUCCGGUUCUUGGCCUAAGGUCUACACGUAUUAGGUGAAAACUGUCACUGAAAACGUAUCUUUUCGCGCUGUCCAUAGUGAAGAUUCUUGAAAAUGCUGGCUUCUCGUUUACGAGUGAACGGACGAAAACGGAGGUUUUCGAAUACCAUGAUGUCAUUCAUCUUUAACUACUAUCAUAACGCAUGCUCUGUGAGGGAUGUUAUCGUAUUUCCAUUGUUUACCGUUUCCGUAUGGGCGGGCGAAAAAGAUUCGAAUAAGCUACGUGUGGAUGCUUUUUUUUUCUGAAAAGGGAGGGAAAAAUCUCCGCUUUCAAAAAUAUCUGGAUACGUGUGGACGGGGCCUAAGAGUGGCCAGUUUGUGUAUUAGUUUUCAUGGACAAUAUCCAAUUGUCGUCAAACAGAAAUCAAUCCCUUAGACCCUUUUAAAGUGAAAAUUGGGUGCCAAAAAUCCGUUGUUAUGGGAAAGUCAAUGUUGACGUACACGUCAAUCUCAGUAAAUUAAAAAUUUAUUUUUCCCAGAUCAUUUGUAGGAAAACCUGCUAAAUUUUGCUUUUGUGGUCUGAACGUUUCUGCCACUAGUUUUUCAACUUUAAUAAUGGGGAAGGCCUCACAGGUCCCCGCUCUUAAGCUUUUCAAUGAACUUCAUCAGCCAAAAAAAUAGAGAAAAUAACCAAAGAAGACUCAGCAAACUGAAUUUGAACGCCUUCGUUAAGUUUUGUAAUUAUUUACAAAGCUGUGACAAUUAAAAAACUCCAAUAACAGUUAGAAGCCUUCAUUGAUUAGCACAAAAAUUAUAGGCUGUUAUUUUGCUUGUAAUUUUUGGUAAAAAACCAGAAAAGUCUUAUUUUUUCAGAUUUAUAAAUAACGUGCUUUGGGAGUUAUUACUGUGUAUCUUUGACAUGCCAUAGCGACGUGAGCGUCACGGAAGUUCACGAACUCAGGCCGGCUAUUUUCUCUCUCACUUGCUCUCUCUUAAUUGCCGACAUCUUUCCGAACUAUCAAUUUGAAGUCCGUUUGUCUCUAUCUGUGUUGGGUAAAAGCUCAUUUUCAUUUAACCUGCUCUGCUUCGAAAAGUGGGGUGUUUUUCCAAUAUUAUUGCAGAUUUUGUCAGGAUAACCGGUUGUUAAAGCAAUACUCAUGCUCAAUAUUCAUUGUUUAACUAAGAUUCAACUCCAUUAGUGAUAAUUUCUCACAAAUUAUCUCUCUGGAUAAAGCUGUACCAACAUAAAAGUGGGAAGAACUCAAUAAUAAUUGCUUUCUACCCUUUAGAAAUACGUCAACAACGUCAAUCAUGCUUGAAGGUUAAUAACAACAACAAGUUGAAGUGUUUUUCAAGAGUAGUCUUGUCGCUUUUGAGGCCUCAUCCUUUCCGAGCGUUGAAAAGGAAGAUUUGGAACUGAAAUUUAAAGGUAGGCAAUUCAAGCACAGUUAGAUUUUCCAGGCAACGUUAUACGAUGACAAUGAUUUGUUUUUCGUGACAAAGUUUCACAUCUAAUGCAGUUUAAAAAUCAUUAUGUAAGUCAUCAAUUUUUUUCGACAAAAAAUCGGUCAACCUAAACACUUAAAUUCAGAAUGGCAACAUUCCCCGGUAUUUUCCGUGUUCCAAACAUUCUGAAAGAAAGACACGUUGGUGAAGAAUAUGUUGAAGAAUGACCAAGCUCGUUACAAACGAAAAAGAUCAUUCUGAGGCAUUACGUAAUAAAGCGUAGAUACGGUAUAUAAUACCUGUAGGUUUAAACCUUUGGUGACCGCCAGCGAGUUUCGAAAGAAAAAAACAGCUUUUAAAUAAAUCCUCCUUUUUGGAGCGGUUUUUUGCAGUUAUGCAAAGUUUUUGCAGUUUUAUGCAAAUCCUCGACGUCGUCUCAGGUUUGCAUAACUGUCUCGAAUUUUCCCAACCCCGCGAGUGUUUAUAUCAGGCUAUUCAAACACAGGAAAAAAGUUUUCUAUUGCUUAAAUAUUGCUUUUUUUAGAACAAUACUGUUACUUUGCCGUUUACAAGCAAUUUAUUUGUAAACGUUAAGUUUCACAGUGCAUAAGGAAAUGUACCGAAUUUACGCGAAUUAGCGCCGCGGCGCUUAUUUGAGAGUGGAGCUUAAUACCAUAGCAAUACCGCUUAGUACGUAUUUACUCGAAUAAGCGCCGCGGCGCUAAUUAACUCCCCCACCUCCUAAAUGCGGCGCUUAUUUGAGGGCGGGGCUUAUUCGAGUAAUUACUGUAAUUGGCAGCUUAAGAGUUUAUUACAUUUAGGGCAAAUUGUUAUUACAUUUAGGACAAAAUGUUAUUACAUUUAGGACUUUAAUACAUUUAGGACCGUUUAUUACAUUUAGGCCUUCUACAGUCCUGCUUCAUGUUUAAUGAAACAGAACCAAAAAUAUCAGUUCUUUAUGAAAAGUUACGAAUAAUCUUGUCAGAAAUAUGCUUUAGGAGAGUUGGUAGAUAACGACCAGUCAGGUAAGUACAACUUAUGUAACUUACCAGGAGCCUCAAAGAGGUUCAACAGUACCGGCUGAAUGACCGAAAUGUUCAUAUAAUAAAACAAAACCAAAAAUCAGAUGAAGUUAAUCUUUUUAUUACUUUCUGUUGUAAUGCUUUAUCAUCACGCAAAGAAUUUUCCCAAUAUCUUCCAAUAUGGGCGGCCAAAGGAUAAAGUGUAUUAUAUUAUAAUUUCAUAGGCAGCUGACAAGCUAUUGACAGACCUGGUCACGUGAGCUGGUCGUGAUAUUCACCAUGCUGAGUGUAUUAACGUUACUGCUGUCCAUAAUGUGUGCUGCAACGGCCAUCAAAGAGGACAAUCAGACCAUGCAACUUAUGGUAGAUUUGUAAAGAAAAGUUAUAAUUGUAAAUUUGUAGUGGUAACAACUAGUUGGGCUGGGGGUAGGGAGAUUUCGAAUCUGCCACGUUUAACGAAAAGCUGAAAAUGUUUAAAAAGGCGGAUUUUGAAAUUUGAGGAAACACAAAAAAAGAAAAGUUAAGUUACAAUGCAACUUUUGCUCUCCGUCGCAUAGCCACGCUCUCACGGAGCUCGUUGAGUGAGAAUCUGAUGAGAGAUAACAUAAGGUAUUUUGCUGUCCAACUUUUUGCAAAGUUGAGUCAGGGAGUUGGGGCAAAAUCAUCACACCUUUGGACAGAGAAACUACAAAACAACUGUUUGAAAAAAUUUUCUUCUUUUGCAGUAACAAGGUAACAUUAUUGAGAGACGUGGGAGCAGAGUGAGUACCCUGUUAGCACAAGUUUUGUCUCUUGCAUGGCUUUUAACGUUUACGAAGUCGUUCGCAGCGAUUGUUAGUCGCGUUGUUAGUUUGUUAACUACGCGGCAGACAAGCGACGCGAACGACAGCGCAAACGUUAAAAGUCAUGUAAGUGAGAGAAACCUCUAGUGGCAGGGUAUAAGAGCGAGUGUUAACAAGAAAUUGGAGUGGUGAUAAUCCAUUCGGUGCAAAUUUCCAUUGGAUUUUCCGUCUAACUUUGAAGGCAUUUCAAGAAAGGAAGUUGCCCGCUUGGUUCCAUUAAAUUUAUCUGCAAAAUAAAACUGCUUAA